AUGCAUCUUACUAUUUUACAUAUUCCAAGUAAAGGAUGUGAACAAUUUGAACCAUUCAUGAUCGAUUUUGAUCCAUCUUUCACUAUUAUUCAAAUUAAAGACAAAAUUGCACAGUAUAUCAACGUAUUCCCAUGUGAUCAAUUCUUAAGUUUUGAAGGUCGAACACUUGAAGAUAAACAUACUCUUACAUCAUACGAGAAUAUUAAGAAUGAAAGUAAUUUGUGGAUGGUAACAUGUCCGGAAGUUAUUCGUGAAAAAUAUCAUGUAUUUGUUUCGAUUUAUACUACCAAUAAUGAACGUAAUGUUGUUGAUUUAGACAUUUUUUAUUAUGAUACAGUGGCUCAAGUUAAGCACGCUAUCUAUGAACGCACUUCGAUACCUAUGGACCAACAAAGAAUUGUUUUUGCAGGCAAACAAAUUGAAGACAAUCGAAUUUUCUCGAAUUAUGGUAUUCAAAAGGACUCUACUGUGCAUCUAAUUAUUAGGUCAUAG